CUUGAGAAAACGAAAGUUUCCAAGAAAAAGAAAGUUAAACUGUGAAGCAGGAACCAGAACAUCAGUAACUCUGAUCUGACAAAGAUGGAACAAGAAAAGCGUCACGAUCCUCAGGACAGCACCCUGACAUUUGUUGACCGAGCGGAUGAGAUCACCCUUGAUGAUGAUCCCAACACUCAGAGGAUAGAAAUGUCUUGUGGCCACGCUGUCACACCUGAGUCCCUCACAGCCUACUGUCGAAGUCUUCUGGAUCAGGGCGUGUACACGUUUGUGUGUCCAGCUAUAACAGAUGACAACAAUAAAAAGUGUGGGGCCGAGUGGAAGUACAUGGAAGUGCGGAGAAUUGCUUUACUGACUGAAGAAGAGCAGAGCCACUUUGAGGAGACAAUGGCUGAACUGGCAGCAGCUAAGUACUGUGAAUACAACCAAUGCCCCAGUUGCAAUUCAUAUGUUGAGAGGCAGGAUUUGACCAACCUGUGUGUACUCUGCACCAUCUGUUCAGCAGAUAGUGGUAAGAGGUUUGAGUUCUGCUGGCAGUGUCUGAAGACCUGGAAAGGACCAGCACCUCGCUCCGACAAGUGUGACAACAGCGGCUGCAUUAACGACAAACUUGAGAAACUGUUAAAAUGUGAAGAUAUAAUCCUUCCUCAGGUUCAAAACCUAAAAUGCCCCUCAUUGCGAGCUUGUCCUACAUGUGGAAACCUGGUUGAGCAUGACACAUCAGGGUGUAAGAAUAUCAUAUGCAAUAUCUGCCAUGUUGAAUUCUGCUUUUCUUGCUUAAAGCUCACGGUUGAUUGCCUAAAAACAAGCUCAUACUUUCUACUUUGCUCAAAUGGUGUAGCGCCUCGGCAAACAUCCAUUCCAACCUGGAUAAAGUAGGUACCUGAAAUCUUGCCAUAUUAUAAACACCAAAGGCACAGCUUUCAGCCUCAUUAAAAGUUUUCAUGGCCAUAACUUAGUAUAAGUGUUUCAGUAGAAUAAUACAGCAUAUGAUUAAAACUAAAGCACAGCUGUCUUGGCAAUUGUCCUCAAGUUAUAUUGAAAAGCAUAUUGUGUUUGUCUUUAUUGUUUAUUAGAUUCAUAACAGCACAUGUUUUUUCGUUCAAUGUUGGUAGAAAUAAUAUUUGAUCAUAUAAAGCAUGUAAUAAAUGGAAAAUUGUAGCUUUGAUGCUUAAAUACAAUAGAUACAAAUAGUGAAAACCGUCUCUUUGUGUAGUUUUCUUGUGGUCAUUUUAACUUUUAUUUCAAAUUAUUUCUAAUAAGACAUCUCAAGACCCUAUCAUUAAACAGUUACAUUUAUUAGAAAGGGUUUUUGAGUUAAAUGUUUCUGAUUAAUUGAGGAUAAAUGAAUCGGUUUAUUAGUACGAUUCAGUGGAUAUUAAAGGUAUACACACCCCUGUUAAACUUGCAGGUUUUUGUGAUGUAAAAAAUCAAGAUAAAUCAUGUCAGAUCAUAUUCCACAUUUAAUGUGAUAUCGCAACCAACAAAAUUCAAGUGAAAAACAAAUAGAAAUGUCUUGGGGGAAAAAGAAAAUGAAAAAAGUACAAUAACCUGGUUGUAUAAGUGUGUACACUCUUUAACUAAUAGUUUCUUAAAGCACUUUUUGCUUUUAAUACAGUGCUCUUUUGGGUAAGGGUCUACCCACUUAGCUCAUCUUGAUUUGACAAUUUAGCAAAAAUAAUACAGAUCUUUCACAUUGUGAGAGGAUCUCCUGUGCACAGCCCUCUUCAAGCCAUUCCACAGGUUUUCAAUAUUUAGUGCUGAGCGCUGAUUGGGCCAUUUAAAAACUUUGAUUUUUGUCUUCAAAAGUCAUUCCUUUCCUGAAGUGGAUUUGUGCUUUAGGUUGUUACUCUGCUGGAAGGUGAAAAUUUUCAUCAUCUUCAGCUGUCUAACAGAGGCCUGCACGAUUUGUGCUAAAAUAGAUUCCUAUUUGGAGUGAUCCAUCAUUUCCUCUUGAAUAGAACC